CGUGGCUUGUGAUUGAUCAGCCUCCUUCCCCAUCUCUUCCUACUUAAUUUGCAAAUUCAGAUAACCAAAUUCGUUGAAAGUAAUAGUACAAGUCUACUAGAGGAAAUUAAAUGGCUCUCCCUGAAACCGAGGGCAACACCAUCUCCGACGCUAGGAACUACAAUGGCCGUCCCGCCGAGAGAUCUACGACAGGCGGAUGGACGAGUGCUGCCAUGAUUCUAGGAGUGGAGCUGUGUGAGAGGUUGACCACUCUGGGGAUCGCCGUGAAUUUGGUGACUUACUUGACGGGUACCAUGCAUUUUGGUAAUGCCAGCUCUGCCAACACCGUCACCAACUUCCUCGGUACCUCCUUCAUUCUUUGUUUGCUCGGCGGCUUCGUCGCCGACACGUUUCUCGGCAGGUACCUCACCAUAGCUAUUUUUGCCACAGUUCAAGCUACAGGUGUGACGUUAUUGACAAUAUCCACCGUGGUCCCGAGCCUACGACCACCGAAAUGCACCGCCGGAGAACCCUGCACGCCGGCAAAUAGGUUACAACUAGCGGUACUAUAUCUGGCACUGUACCUAACGGCACUCGGCACCGGAGGUCUGAAAUCAAGUGUGUCGGGGUUUGGGUCGGACCAGUUCGACGAAUCAGACAAAAAGGAGAGGACCCAGAUGACGAACUUCUUCAAUUGGUUCUUCUUCUUCAUAAGCAUCGGAUCGCUAGCAGCGGUGACCUUACUCGUUUACGUACAAGAUAACCUAGGGAGGCGAUGGGGAUACGGUAUCUGCGCCACGGCCAUCCUGUUGGGCCUCAUUAUCUUUCUUUGCGGUACUAGGCGUUACCGAUUCAAGAAUCUCGUGGGGAGCCCAUUGACACAGAUAGCGAAGGUGUUCGUUGCCGCUUGGAGGAAGAGACAUAUGGAUUUGCCGCCGGAUCCGUCGCUCCUGUAUGACAUUAGUGACAACGUCGUCAACCAUAAGCAGAAGAGGAAGCAGAGACUCCCUCGUCAUAGCAAACAGUUUCGUUUUCUAGAUAAGGCGGCAAUCAAGGACCCAGAUGUUGAGACGAGAGGCUUGAAUGAGCCAAACCGGCGAUGGUGGUUAUCCACAUUAACCGACGUAGAAGAAGUGAAAAUAGUGAUCAGAAUGUUACCCAUCUGGGCCACAACCAUCAUGUUCUGGACCGUCUACGCUCAGAUGACUACUUUCUCUGUAUCCCAGGCCACCACCAUGGAUCGACACAUCGGCAACUCUUUUCAGAUUCCUCCGGCCUCCUUAACCGUCUUCUUCGUCGGCAGCAUUCUCCUUACCGUUCCUGUGUAUGAUCGUGUCAUUGUUCCGGUUGCACGUAAAUUGUUUAAGAACCCACAGGGCCUUACCCCCUUGCAACGUAUAGGCGUGGGCCUUGUGAUGUCUGCAACUGCCAUGGCAGCCGCUGCGCUCACCGAGCUUAAGCGUUUGAGAGCUGCAAGAUCGAAUGGAUUGGCGGAUGACCCCUCAGCCCAGAUCCCUCUAAGCGUGUUUUGGCUGGUUCCUCAGUUCUUCCUGGUGGGUUCUGGCGAGGCAUUCACGUACAUCGGGCAGCUUGGUUUCUUCCUGAGGGAGUGUCCCGAAGGGAUGAAAACUAUGAGCACGGGGAUGUUUCUGAGUACUCUAUCGCUUGGGUUCUUUUUGAGUUCUUUGCUGGUGUCCAUAGUGCACAAAGUCACAGGAGAGAGGAGGCCGCCAUGGCUAUCUGAUAAUCUAAACCAGGGGAAGCUCUAUAACUUUUAUUGGCUAUUGGCGGUUCUUAGUGUGCUCAACUUCGGGUUAUACUUGGUUUGUGCAAGGUGGUACGUCUACAAGGAGUCUAGGCUUGCUGAAGAGGGGAUUGAAAUGGAAGAGGCAGAAGAUGUGUAUGCCUAAUAAUAGAAUGCUUGUGUGGCCUCACAAGAAUAUAUAUAUAUAUAUAUAGACUAUAGACUAUAGUAGCAAGGAUGUGUGUUGCCCUCUCUCUCAAACGAAACCACCAAGUGUGAGAGAUCUUUCUCCAUGGAGUCUGGAUCUCCUGCUUAAUUUGUUUGCAUUGGCCUUUCCCUCAUUCGGUGACUUAAGCAGUGUAGUGAUCUAUGGUCAUUUCAGUAAUGUAAAUGAUAAGCUUAAAAUGAGUAAAUUAAUCCUCACCCCACUCGACAUUUUAUAUCA